AUGGGAUACCCUGGGUUCCAUGUGGCAAGUCAGCUGCGGCCUGGAUCCGGUCUUCUGGGUCUGGUGGGUCCACGGUGUGUGGCACCACCACGUCUGUGGCCUCCAGGCAGCUUUCCCUCCAGUUGGUGCAAGACAGAUAAGUCCUGCAUUCCAGUGUGCAAGUUCCUUCCUCAUUUCGUGCUCACCGGCCUGUGUUUCGGCUCUGGUUGGUCCUGGAUCCUGGGUCUUCUGAUCUCCAGCUCCACAGUCCCCACCUCCACGGUUUCCAUGCAGUCUCCGCCGGCUCCGGUCUCCAGUCCACCUCACGGUCCACCUUGGUCCGGUCCACCGGUCUCCCGUGCGGCUCGGUCCUCCGCCGGCUCACGGUCUCACGUUAAAGCUCCACGGUCCCAUGCAAGGCUCCACGGUCCGCGCCGCCACCGGUCUCGGCUCACCGGCCGUCUCAUUCGGUCCGGUCUCCACGCCGGCCGGCUCACCGGUCCUCCACAUGCAUGGGGCUCGGUCCACGCCGGCUCACGGUCCAUGCCACGCCGGUCGCCGGUCAUGGCUCCACGGUCCGCCGGCUCACGGUCCGUUCACGGUCACCGCCGGCCUGGUCCUGGGUCGGUCCGCCGGCCUGGUCCUGGGUCGGCCUGGGUCGGUGCCAUGGCCACCGUCUCCAUUCCGGCCUGCGUCGUGAUCCGCCGGUCCGCCGGCUCCGGUCUCCACCGGCUCCACGGUCCUGGGUCGGUCAUGCGGUCGCCGGGCCUGGUCCCGUUCCGUGUCCACGCCGGCCACAGUCUCACGGUCCGCCGGUGUCCGUGCAAGUCGGCACCGCCAAACUCACCGGUCGCCGGCUCACGGUCUCCACGCCGGCCGGCUCACGGUCGCCGGCUCAGGUCCACCGGCUCACGGUCCGCCGGCUCACGGUCCACGGUCCGCCGGUCCACGGUCCCGCCUACGGUCCCCGCCGGCCAGUCAUGCCUGGGUCGUCACCGUCACAGUCUCCACCGGCUAAAGUCACCUGGGUCCGCCGGUCCACUGGGUCCGCCGGCUCACGGUCCCGCUCCACGGUCUCCACGCCAGGCUCACCCGGUCCCCAGCCUACAUGGGGCCUGGGUCGGCUGGUCUCCGCCGGCUCCGGUCCCGCCAGGCUCUCCGCCGGCUCACGGUCCAUGCGUCCGCCGGCUCACAGUCUCCGCGCCGGCUCACGGUCCACCGGCUCACGGUCAGCCGCCGGUCCCCACCUCACGGUCGGUCUCCGCCGGCUCCAUGGCUCACCGUUCCGGUCACCUGGGUCGGCCUGGGGCCGGUCACCGCCGGGUCGGCUUCGUCCUGGGUGUCCACGCCGGCUCCGGUCUCCGCCGUGGUCGGUCCUCACCGGGCUCCACGGUCCCGCCCAUGGGGCUCACGGUCUCCGCCAUGGGCUCCACGGUCCCCGGCCUGCGUAGAUUCUGA